AUGAGGUGCAACGAAUCGAUCGUAACCUUUGCGCUGCUGGUGGUACUUGCGUGCACCGGGACCGUCGUAAAGGGUGCCCGGAUGGAGGCUGAUCAGGUGCGGCGCAUCCACCAGAACGCACGGGAGUGUGUGAAGGAGACGGGGAUACUGCCCAAGAACGCAUUCCGCGUGCUGAGCGGAGACUUUUCCGUCGACACCAUGAAGGCGAAGUGCUUCGUGAAGUGUUUUCUGGAUAAGGCCGGAUUCAUCGAUGAGGACGGUGCGAUCCAGCAGGAUGUGAUUCGGGAGAAGCUUGCGGUUGGUCUGGAAGCGGGCAAGGUGAACGAUCUGAUCAAGAAGUGCACCGUGGAAGGGACGGACGAGUGCGACACGGCCUAUCAAAUGUACAAGUGUUUCUUCAGCAAUCACAAGUUGCCGAAGGAGCUGUUCCAGAUGCGUAAGGGCAUCGGACGGAGGAACUUGCAUCAUUGA